AUGCAAACUUCUACAACCCGGAUCAAGGAAGAGCAGCUGGACGAUGAAUCCCUAUUGUCGGGUGGCAGAGACGAAGCGUCACCGCCCGUAACGGCCCAAGAUGAGGAGUAUAUCGCUUAUCUUUCACGACUCUUUCACCACGAGCCAUUUCCAAAGAUACAAACAUUGCUCGAAUCAGCAACCCACUACCGCAAUCCAGCACUCCGGCUGUCCACCUUCAAUACCCUCUUGACUCACAUAACCAAUGCGCCCUUGACACAAACCAUCCUUCGGGACAACACCACUCAUUUCACGCCUUGGGUCCUCACCCGCGUCCAACAAUGUCUGGAGACAAUGAGCGAGCUCCAUAUGGAAGACAUUGAGAUCCUGGUCCCGCUCUUGUCGUUCCAGACCAAUAAGUACGGAAGCACUCUCCUCGAUCGAUUUUUGCCAGUCUUGGAACGACGGAUACUGCGAAAUCCCAGUUUUGCGGUUACAUUCGUACAGCGCGUUGACAAGGGAGUAGGGCAGGAUGAGGUUAGUGAGCAGGCGAGGGUACAAGUCAUGGCGGCAGUCAAGACAGCGUUGAGUCUCAUAUUCUUCAAAGACGACAGAAUCGGGUCCGACCUCAGUGAGGAAGACGAAGACGCAACAGAAGCCUCCGAAUUACAAUCCGCGGCUAGUACCUCAAGACCCUCGACCGCACAUGCAUCAACGACGCACACGCCACUUUCACCAAACCAUCCCUCGAGAACGAAAACGUCUCCCCAGACACACUUCUCCGAAACCGCCCGGCCGCUUCCACUCUCCCUUGCUCCACCUCCCCAUCGUAUUCCCAAACUCACGGGCUCAUCCCUCGCUCUCUUUUUCACGCGCUACCUUACGACUAACCAACCCGACGCCGUCCGCAGCAUCCUCUGGAACAUGCAACAAUCCCUCCCCGCCCACGCGUUCGCAGACUUCACACGCCUCCACUUCCCCAUGCUCGAGCGCCUCCUUCCGAUCCUCCCGCGCUACGGUAUCGGAUACGACGACAUGGUGUUGCAAAAAUACUGCUACGGGCUCUUAUACCGGGUGCUGCACGACUACAUGUGGAUGGAACCCGCUACCUCGGAGAAAAGCAGGUCAUCAGAACCCAGAAAAGGUACAUCCAACCAAGAUGCGAGAGUGAUUUGGAACACACGCUCCCAGAAAGUCCACCGCGCGUUCAAAAACCUAGACCAAUCCGCUUUACGACAGAUCCUUGGCGACAAGUACGAGGAAUUUGCCGGUCUGGCAGAUGGCACUGCUACGGCGCUGCGGAAUAAAAGACACACUGCACCAGACUUUUCUUCGUUUGCGCAUGGUCAACAAGCUCCGCUACCGUCGAUCGAGCGCGACGAUAACGAGCGGAUUACGCUGUCGCCGAUUCGAGGGGCUUUGGGGCUGGGAUCAUCGUCGCCGCCUUUCCCGUUGCCGCCUCCUUGGGCGGGGAGAGAAGGGGCGUCGGUGGAUUCGAGUGCCGGGAGGAGUGAUGGAAGGGGCUUAAGCGAGUACGGAGAGAGAGGGGGUAGAUGA